AUGCCUCCUUACACUCCACUUCGACCGCCGGGCGACCACGACUCAGCGUCCGAAGAUGACCUCGACCUUGACGAACUCGAUCCCAUCGAUAAUUCCUCUGGCCAGUCAGCCAAAAAAGCGACAAACGAGUCGUCCCGACGCCCUCCAAAUGGAUCCUCACAGAUCCCACUCCAACGUCUUGACAAGUACGGCGCCGGCCGACUGUGGCGGUCCAAAGGCAGACCGAACAAUCCCGUUAAUGGCGAAGAGGACACAGAGGGACUGCUAGGUAGUUGGCCGGGACAGUCCCACGGCUAUGGACGUCUCAGACGAUAUUCCGAAGAACAAGUGGGUUGGAAUGUUCGUAACAAGAAAGUCCAGCAAGGCAGCGUACCUGAUGCUGUCUCCCCGGGCCGGAACACCCCUUCGCGUCGGCCGAGUCAAAGCAUGAUGUUCCAGGAGUUCGUCAGGCAAGAGCUGGCUGACAUGCGGGAGAAUCAAGAUCUCGAAGGCAAUGACUCCCGCGCAAUCCUCGUGGGCCAGACUCAGAAGAAGAGAUAUCCAACGAACGUCGUCUCCAACGCCAAAUACACCGCUUGGUCUUUCCUGCCACGAACCUUGUACAACGAAUUUUCUUUCUUUUUGAACAUAUAUUUUCUCUUGGUGGCAUUAUCACAAGUUAUACCCUAUUUGCGGAUCGGCUACAUGUCGACUUACAUUGUACCAUUAGCGUGUGUUCUUACAAUCACGAUAGGAAAAGAGGCGGUAGAUGACAUCGCGCGCAGACGACGAGAUGCCGAAGCGAAUUCGGAACUUUUCACCGGUCUCUCUUUCAAGGACGGUACGCCUCGCGAGCGUGGUGUUGUCGAGGUUCCGAAACGCUCACGAGACAUCAAGGUUGGGGACGUCUUGAAGUUGGGAAAGAAUCAAAGAGUCCCCGCGGACGUCAUCAUCCUCAAGAGUUGCUUGAGCGAGCUUGUGGACGAAAUCGCAGUUGAUGGAGAUGUUGACGGCUCUGGGGCUUCUCUUGCCAUAUCGACCGGCGAGACCUUUAUCAGAACAGACCAACUGGACGGCGAGACGGACUGGAAGCUGCGGCUGCCCAGUCCAUUGAGCCAGAAUUUGAGCAUAGCAGAUCUGCAGCGCUUGCACAUCACAGCUGGAGCGCCUGAUAAGAACGUCAACGCGUUCGUUGGUACAUUGCAAUUACCAUCUACUCAGCAUGGGCCAUAUGACCCUCAUUCUAUCGACGAAGACAGAGGCGGGUCAAACGAUGAUGAUCAUGUCCGAAAUAAUGAAUCCGCACCUCUGACGAUUGACAAUACGGCGUGGGCUAAUACAGUCCUGGCUUCAAGCACGGUCACCUAUUGCGCUGUCGUCUACACAGGCCGACAGACACGCUCUGCUCUAUCAACCUCGCCAUCAAGAUCAAAGACCGGUCUUCUGGAGAACGAAAUCAACAAUUUGACCAAAAUCCUCUGCAUCCUGACCCUUACGCUAUCAAUCGUCCUCGUCGCUUUGGAAGGGUUUGAGCCGUCGAACGAAAAGCCAUGGUAUGUGGCAAUCAUGAUCUACUUGAUCUUGUUUUCCACCAUCAUACCAAUCAGUCUGCGCGUGAACCUGGAUCUUGGAAAAUCUGUGUACGCUCAUUUCAUCGAGCAUGACAAGGGCAUUCCGGACACGGUUGUCCGUACCAGUACCAUACCAGAAGACCUCGGCCGCAUCGAGUAUCUUCUUUCAGAUAAAACAGGCACACUCACCCAGAAUGAGAUGCAGCUCCGAAAAGUGCAUGUCGGGACAGUCGCAUAUUCAGGUGAAGCCAUGGAAGAAGUGGCGGCCUACGUCGAUCAAGCAUUCGCAACUGGUAGUAAGAAGGAUGGACGCGCAACAGAGCUAGGCGCCACAACGAAAACUCGACGAGAGAUUGGAGUUCGAGUACGGGAUCUUGUACUUGCCCUUGCCCUCUGUCACAAUGUCACUCCUACCACGGAUGAAAUCGACGGCAAGAAGACGGUUUCAUACCAAGCAUCAUCUCCUGACGAGAUCGCUAUCGUGGAAUUCACUGAGAGUGUGGGUUUGCGCGUCCUACGGCGUGACCGGGAGAGUAUUGUUCUUCAGUCUGUCACCACUGGCGAACUCGUUGUCAGAGCAGAAAUCAAAGACAUAUUUCCUUUCACGUCCGACAGUAAGCGUAUGGGUAUCAUUGUACAAUUAUCCUCCGAUAUUCCCGGUCUGGCGAGCGCAGAUGAGCUGUGGUUUUUCCAGAAAGGGGCCGAUACCGUCAUGUCGUCAAUUGUGGCUGCAAAUGACUGGCUUGAUGAGGAAACCGCGAAUAUGGCUCGUGAAGGGCUCCGGACACUUGUAGUGGGCCGCAAGAGAAUGUCGCCAUCCCAGUACGCUGACUUCUCCUCGGCUUACACUGAUGCAUCACUUGCUCUGCAUGAGCGUGACGCAGGGAUGGCAGCCGUGGUCAAGUCACAUCUCGAACACGAUCUGGAACUCUUGGGUGUCACGGGUGUCGAAGACCGCCUUCAGAAAGAUGUCAAGCCGUCGCUUGAACUACUUCGCAAUGCUGGUGUCAAAAUCUGGAUGCUGACGGGCGACAAAAUUGAGACUGCACGCUGCGUCGCCGUUUCGGCACGUCUUGUUGCAAGGGGACAACAUAUUCAAACACUGGCCAAACUGAAAACCAAAGCGCAGGGCAAAGAUGUGCUGGACAUGCUCCGCAGUCAGACGGAAUCAUGUCUCCUGAUUGACGGCGAGUCUCUCGGCCUUAUGCUCAGUUAUUUCAGGCCGGAGUUCAUCACGAUCGCGGUUAAAUUGCCUGCGGUUAUUGCUUGUCGAUGCUCGCCAACACAAAAGGCUGAGGUCGCGCAGUUGAUUCGCCAGUACACAAAGAAGCGAGUCUGUUGUAUCGGCGAUGGUGGCAAUGAUGUUAGCAUGAUUCAAGCAGCAGAUGUGGGCAUUGGCAUCGUUGGCAAGGAAGGGAGACAAGCCUCGCUGGCGGCAGACUUCAGCAUCACCCAGUUCUGUCACAUCACCAAACUUCUGGUCUGGCACGGCCGCAACAGCUACAAAAGGUCCGCCAAACUGGCUCAAUUUAUCAUCCAUCGCGGCUUGAUCAUCAGCGUCUGCCAGACAAUGUACAACAUUGCGGGACAUUUUGAUCCCAAGGGUCUUUUCAAAGACUGGCUCAUGGUUGGCUAUGCCACGGUCUACACCAUGGCGCCGGUAUUCACUCUGGUACUUGACCGAGACGUAGACGAGCAGGUGGCCAAUCUAUACCCUGAAUUGUACAAGGAAUUGAAGUCAGGCAAGAGCUUGAGUUAUCAGACCUUCUUCACUUGGGUCUUGGUCUCCGUCUACCAGGGUGCCAUCAUCCAGGGCCUGUCGCAGCUGUUGGUUGGCGCGAUUGAUGGCCCUCGAAUGCUCAGUGUGAGUUUCACCGUGCUGAUAUUGAACGAGCUCAUCAUGGUUGCGGUAGCUGUUACGACGUGGCAUCCCAUCAUGAUCGUCUGCAUCGUUGGCACGGCUGCGCUUUAUGCGGGUAGCGUGCCGUUCUUGGGUGGUUAUUUUGAUCUGGCAUAUGUUGCUAGUGUAAGCUGGGCGUGGAGGGUCAUUGCGGUUGCAGCUAUCAGUCUGGUACCUGUCUGGGGUGGCAAAGUGAUCAGGCGCAUGUGGAAGCCACCAAACUAUCGCAAAGUGCAGGGGAUAUAG